AUGGAGCAAGGUACCGCUGAAAAGCCAGGCGCUGAAUCGCCUUCUGUCGACAGCAAACAGUCGACCCCCAAAGUUGAUGCCAAUGGCGCUCCCCAGCGAGAACCUAAAUUUCAAGACUAUGUGCGACUAUUCCACUAUGCCAACAACUGGGACUUUCUGGCCUACGCUGCCGGCACUGCUGCUGCCAUCGGCUCUGGCAUCACUAUACCACUUCUCAACAUCGUCUUUGGCAAAUUCGCUACCAAGUUCUCUGCCUAUGCUGGCACUCAAACGCUGGAAAAGGGCCAAUUCCAAGGGGAGCUAAACCAGCUUUCUCUCUAUAUGCUUGGCCUCUUUCUUGGUCGCUUUGUUCUUAGCUACAUCAACCAGCUCGCUUUCCGUAUGACAGGCAUUCGAAUUUCAUCGGCCCUUCGACAAGAUUUCCUCACCGCCUUGUUUUCCCAAAGCGUCCAUGUGCUAGACUCGAUGCCUCCUGGAUACGCGACGACCGUCAUUACAACUGCCAGCAACACGGUGCAACUCGGAAUUUCCGAGAAGCUUGGUGUGUUCUUCGAGUACAAUGCGACAAUGAUUGCAUCGAUUAUUAUUGCCUUCGUAUACAGCUGGCAGCUUUCGCUCGUGACAUUUACCGCAGUUGUCUUUAUUGUGCUCAGCGUCAGUAUCCUUCUGCCCCCUAUUACAAAGGGCCAGGCGCGUCAAGGCCAGUCCGACGCCAAGUCCGCCUCCAUCGCGAGUGAAGCCCUGAGUAGCCUGAAAAUGGUUGUUGCUUGCUGCGCUGAAGGCCGAAUUGGUACCAAAUAUGGGCGAUUUGUCGACGAAGCUGGAAAACAUGCGCAGAGCAUUGGUCCUUUGAUUUCAGUCCAGUUCGGCUUGAUUUUUUUCAGCAGUUAUGCCGCCUUUGGGCUGGCAUUCUGGUACGGCACUAAACUUUUGGUCGAACAUAAGAUCAAUGAGCUGGGGGCUAUCAUCGUUGUCUUAUUUUCUGUCAUGAUGAUUGUGGCUUCAAUGGAGCGAACCUCCACACCGCUGUUGGCAGUUGGAAAGGCUAUGAUCGCCGCUUGCGAGUUCUUUACCGUCAUCGAUGCACCUAGGCCUGAUCCUGGUCAUCUCCGCGAUCCAGACGUAUCCCCGACCGAGGAUCUUGUUUUCGAAAACGUCACUUUCGCGUAUCCAAGCCGACCUCAUGUUAAGAUUCUCGAUAAUUUUAAUCUCACGAUAGAAAAGGGUAAAGUCACUGCUCUGGUUGGGCCCUCCGGCUCUGGCAAGAGCACAAUUGUCGGCCUGGUCGAACGGUGGUACAGUCUCAACAGCCAACAUGUCAUCUCCAAAACGAUCGACAAAACAAAGAAAGAUAGUGAGGGCGAGAAAAACAAUAAAGAUGGCCAAGCCCCACAACAAAGUUCAGAAGAAGAGGACGAUACUGGCCCGCCUAUCGAACUCCAGGGCACCGUGUCUACAUGCGGCCACUCCCUCGAUGACAUCAACCUAAAGUGGUGGCGGUCGCAAAUUGGCCUUGUACAGCAGGAACCCUUCCUCUUCAAUGAUACCAUUUAUAAAAACGUUGCAAAUGGCCUUGUCGGCACCAAGUGGGAGAAUGAAGCAGAACAGAAGAAGAAGGAUAUGGUCAGGGAUGCUUGUAAAGAAGCAUUUGCCGACGAAUUUAUUGAGAAACUCACGGAAGGCUACGACACGCCCGUCGGUGAAGGUGGCGCGAAGCUCUCUGGUGGUCAGCGUCAGCGCAUUGCUAUUGCUCGCGCCAUUAUCCGCCAGCCUUCAAUUCUGAUUCUUGAUGAGGCUACCAGCGCAAUCGAUGUCCGAGGCGAGAAGAUUGUGCAAGCAGCCUUAGAUAAGGCGUCGAAGAACAGAACCACCAUUACCAUAGCCCAUCGCCUCUCCACCAUUAAGAAGGCGGACAGAAUUGUCGUGUUAAGACAGGGAAAGGUUGUCGAGUCGGGCACCCAUGAGAGCCUUCUCGAAGACGAAAAUGGGUUAUACCACAGCCUCGUUCAUGCUCAAGCACUAUCCAUGGAAGAAGCCAUGGAGCCCAAGCAUGCCGAGACCAGAGAAGAGCCCACAUCCCUUGUCCGUGAGAAGAGCGGCGCCGAGUCAGCAAAAGCAGAAAACAUCUUCAAAAAGAAGUACAAGACGAAGAGUAUAUUUUCUAGUUUUGGUCGCUUCUUUUACGAGACCAGGUCGAACUGGUGGAUGAUGGCUCUGGCGCUCGUAUUUUCUGCUUGCGCCGGUGCCGCCAUUCCCUUCCAAUCCUGGUUAUUUGCCAAAGUUAUCCUCGUCUUUAGCUAUUUCCCGGAUACUUCCAAAGUUCGACAGGAAAGCGAAUUUUGGUCCCUGAUGUGGACUGUCCUAGCGAUAGCGGCUGGCAUCAGCUACUUUGCCACAUUUUUCUUUUCCAAUCGGACCGCCAGCACCAUUCGCGCCAAGUACCAAAAGCAAUACUUCUCGUCCAUUUUAUAUCAGCAAUUAUCCUUUUUUGACGAUGAUGACCACUCUCAAGGCACCAUGACUGCUCGGAGCUCGAGUGAUCCACGUCAAUUGGAGGAGCUUCUCGGUACAAAUAUGGCGAGUGUCUUUAUUGCCAUUUGGACACUUACCGGAACUAUCGCCAUUGCCUUUGCGUUCGCUUGGAAGUUGGCGCUGGUUUCGUUUUGUGUCGUCGUCCCGAUUCUGUUAGGCACUGGCUAUUGGCGACUCCGCUACGAACUCCAGUUCGAUGAAAUGAACACUGCAGUGUUUGCAGACAGUUCUAAAUUUGCAUCGGAGGCUAUUGGAGCUUUUCGGACAGUCGUAUCUCUCACGCUUGAAGAUUCUAUUUGCGAUCGAUUUAGCAAGCUGGCUCGAGGCCAUGUCACGGACGCAUACAAGAAAGCUCGCUGGGUGACGGUUCUGUUUGCAUUUUCUGAUAGCGCGACUAUAGGGUGCCAAGCGCUGGUGCUGUACUAUGGUGGUCGCCUCCUUCUUAACGGCGAAUUCAGCCUACAGAGCUUCUUUGUCUGCUUCAUCUCCAUCUUGAACGCGGGUGAGACGACCGGACGAGCGCUGAGCUUUGGUCCCAACGUCGCCCAAGUCAGCGGAGCGGCCAACCGCAUCCUCAGUCUGAGGGCCAGUCAAGUGAAGGAUGACCCUGCUGCCACCGGCGAGUUGUUUAAGUCUGACGGUGACGGCUUGAAGAUUGAAUUGGACAACAUCACAUUCAAGUACCCAACGCGAGAUGUGCCAGUUUUCAAAGGACUUAGUCUCACAAUCGAGAAGGGUCAAUUCGCAGCUCUGGUCGGAGCAUCUGGAUGUGGCAAAUCUAGCAUUAUUUCUCUGCUUGAACGGCAAGUAUCCCUGAACUGCUUCUACGACCUAGAUGGUGGCAGAAUCCUCUGCAACGGCCAGGACAUUGCUGCAAACAAUGUUUACGCAUAUCGCAGUCAUCUCUCGUUGGUAGCUCAGGAGUCAAGUCUGAUGCAAGGCACACUACGCGAGAACAUUCUGCUGGGAGUCGAGGAAACUACGGUGACCGACGAAAUGAUUCAUGAUGUAUGCCGCCAAGCAUCCAUUCAUGACUUUAUUGUUUCGCUCCCUGAAGGGUAUAAUACCGAUAUUGGCUCGCGUGGCGUCUCCCUCUCUGGAGGGCAGCGGCAACGUGUGGCGAUUGCACGGGCUCUCAUUCGAAACCCUGGAAUUUUGCUUCUUGAUGAGGCAACCAGCGCGCUGGACUCGGAGAGCGAGAAGCAGGUGCAAGCGGCUUUUGAGCUCGCAGGAAAAGGGCGCACGAUGCUCGCAGUUGCCCACCGGCUUGCGACAGUGCAGAACGCGGAUGUUAUUUUUGUUCUUGGCGAGGGUAAGCUGCUGGAGAAGGGCAAUCACCAGGAGCUUCUUGCCAAUCGAGGGGUCUACUGGCAAAUGUGCCAAAGUCAAGCGCUCGAUCGGUAG